GGCAGAGCCUCAGUUAUCGCACGUGAUCUAUAGUCCACGUGACUUCCUGUUUUGCCAUACAAUUGGGGUUUCCUCGGGCUUGCACUGCUCACCACAGUCUACUGCCAAGUUCACACUUGCCAUGGCUUUGGACAUCGCCAACGGCGAUCGCAGUAUUCUUGAGUGGGACGAGGACCAAGUUCAUGAGUGGCUUUCUCAACGAGGCUUCCCACAGUACGAGCAACAGAUCAAAGAACAUCGUAUCGCUGGUGAUGUGCUUUGCAUGCUUGAUGCACAAGCUCUCAAGACUAUCGGUGUCGCUACUGUCGGCCAGAGAAUAGCAAUUCUCAAAGCAGUCUACCAGGCGAAACUUGCGUGUCGUGUUCCGGUCGAGUCACACCAUUACGUCCCUCCAUCUGAAUUAGAGGAGCGUGUAAUUUCGGUCGAGAAGCUGCAAGACCUCAUCAGAGAACAGGCCUUCCGCGUACAAAUACUGGAGGAAGAUAAUAAGCGUCUAAAUGAAAUUCUCCAACAUAUCCUUGACGAAUUCAGUGCUAUGCGUGGCUCUACCCGACCAGACGAACAUUCGUUACAACGUCAGCCAUCCUUCAAGUGGGCUCAAUUCGUCAAUCCUGCCAAGUCCCCCACUAAACCUGACGCGGAAUCGCCUCGCCUCUCCCCCCAACACAUGGAGCACGAAAGUUCUCAGAGUCGUUCGAGUCAGGCGAACCAAGUCCAAGCUCCUUCCUCGACCUCACGAGGGGUGCCUACACCCCCAGCUGAAUCUCCAGGCGCCUCGAGUCAACAGCCGUCAGCCUCCUCCUCAAGAACAAAUUCAAACCGCCAGGAAAGCACCGACAACCUCAAAAGCUUCAAGGUCAGCCUGGAGGACCCAACCUGGAAGGUUUUACCGGCUGCUCUGAAGAAGUACAAGAUCAACAAUGACAGCUGGCAAAAUUACGCCAUGUUCAUUUGUUAUGGCUCCCCUGGAAAUCGUAUCGAACGAUGUUUGAGCUACGACGAAAAACCUUUGUUACUCUUCCAGAAGCUCAAGGACGCAAAAAAGAAUCCGGUUUUCAUGCUCAAACAUAUCAAAGAUAUUCGGUCGCCCAUCGCCGUUGCUCAGCAAAAGCAAGCAUUGCGAAAAGCCUCUAUCACAUCCGAGCAUUCACACAGUCACAAUAAGCCCGCCGCAACAAAUGAGGGGAAAGCCGGCUCACCUCCACCCAAGUUGGAGGUCAACGAGCUGUCGCCUCCAGCUCCACUGCUGACAGGGACCACACCUCAGCUUGGGUGGCCGGACGUUAUGUCACCCACGACAGAGAACAAGUGUGGGGAGGAUGUAUCCAGUAAUCGGGAUACAUUAUCAUCUGCGACGACUCUCGUUAACAGUGCACAGAGCACGGCAGAUAGCAUGAAGUCUCGAAGCACAACCGUUUGCUCAACGGAUAGUGACAGUACGAGGAGGGAAAUGCCACCGCCAAUGGCCGGCGUUUCGUAUGCGGUUGCUAUAUAUCCGUACAUGGCAGAGCAGGAGGAUGAGUUUGAUGUUGUCGUUGGUAAUGCGUUUGUGAUUUUGUCACGGGCUCGCGGUUGGUGGGUGGUCCAACGCGACCCAACAGGCUCUGGUGCCGUGGACACCGACACCUCGAAGCAAGGUUGGGUGCCCGCGGGUUGCCUUCUUGAAACGAACGUCCCCGUCGCAUCUGCUAUAGCAGAAGCUACCGCUGCUGCGAAGGCAUCGGGCGCCUCUGAUGCCGAUUCUAAAACGCCUAUUCUUCCUCUGAGCAUCAUAUCGACGAGUUUCCCCGGUAUCGCAUUGAUGGAUUACAAAAAGAAGGGAGAGGAAGAGCUCGAUUUGGUGAAGGACGAUGCCGUACGAGUAUUCAAGCGGUAUAAUCAUUGGUCAUAUGCCGUGAAAGAGGACGGUGGCGAUCGUGGUUGGGUUCCGUCAUGGUUCAUUGGUAAAGUGCCGACGCCAGGAGGUGCACCUCCGACGCCAGGUCCUGCUUCUGCACCGGCCAUGAGUGGUGGACCCUCGUUGUCGUUAGAUGCCGGGGAUUCGUGCCAAAACCAAGUUUCACCGAUGUCCUCUGCUUUCCCAGUGCAAAAUCGCAGUGGGGUAAUGUGAUUUGUAUCAUGACUGCCUUCCUCCCCGUUUUUCCAUCACUGACUGUAUCUAUUACAUAAAACAUUCUGCUGCGCGGACACCUCUUUUGUCUGGUACCCACUUUUCAAUUGGCUUUAUAGUUGAUCUUAUUGCUCUCCUCCACUCGUUAAUGCUACAUUCUCCAACUCUUUGCAAGGUCUAUCAGAUUUAGUACUACAGGGUUAAUCUUAUGACGGCCGUGGUGCUGGGAGAUGCAUUUACACGUCUUCCUCGCCAUAUGAUCGGGAAGACGCAGGUGUGCCACUCUUUAUUUCUUCUUACGGACAGUCGUCCUGUAUCGUAAAUGACCAAAUCAUCUGUGCAAAUGAUGGUAU